AUGGAUUCCAAGGAAGAAGCAAUUCAGUUGAUCACUGAAGAGAAACAUUUUAGUGACGAUGCAUUGGCUUAUUUUAAGACUUGUAUUGGUGGACGUGAUGUUGGUGUGAAUUAUCAUGUCAUUUCAGUUUUUGGUUCUCAAUCUAGUGGUAAAUCUACUCUUUUGAAUAUUUUAUUCAAUACUUCAUUUGAUACUAUGGAUGCUCAAAUUAAGAGACAGCAAACUACUAAAGGUAUUUGGGUCGCACAUUCUAAUGAAUUAUUGAGUAAUGUUGAUGUUAACCCUGAGGAUAAAUCAGAUUUAUUCAUAUUGGAUGUUGAAGGUUCCGAUGGUUUAGAGAGAGGUGAAGAUCAAGAUUUUGAAAGAAAGGCUGCAUUAUUUGCUAUUUCUGUAUCUGAAGUCCUUAUUGUGAACAUGUGGGAACAACAAAUUGGUCUUUAUCAAGGUAAUAAUAUGGCCUUAUUGAAGACUGUCUUUGAAGUUAAUUUAUCAUUAUUUGGUAAAAAUAAAAAUGGUCAUAAAGUUUUAUUAUUAUUUGUUAUUAGGGAUCAUGUGGGUGUAACUCCAAUCUCAAGUUUACGCGACACCAUAACUACUGAGUUGAUAAAUCUUUGGGAAACUUUAAGUAAGCCUGCUGAAUGUGAGAAUAAAAAGUUAUCUGACUUUUUCGAAUUGCAAUUUGUAGGUUUAUCACAUAAAUUACUACAAGAAGAAAGAUUUGUACAAGAUGUGAAAUCUCUUGGUGACCAUUUCAUUAUGAAGGACAAUGAAGAUUAUUAUUUCAAACCAGAAUACCAUCAUAAUCUACCACUAGAUGGGUGGACUUUGUAUGCUAAAAACUGUUGGGAAUUAAUCGAAGAAAAUAGAGAUUUAGAUUUGCCGACUCAACAGAUAUUAGUUGCAAGAUUUAAAACUGAGGAGAUUUUAAAUGACUCUCUAGAAGUUUUGAAAUCUAAAUACGAUUCCAAUGUUGAUCCUGUCAUAAAGGAUAAGUUGAAAUUGAUACAAGAAUUAUCUGUUUUGAAAACAGAAUGUUUAGAUAUGUAUGAUCAACAUGCAUCAAAAUAUGUCAGUGCUGUUUACUUAGAAAAAAGGGAUGAAUUGGAGGCAAAAAUUUACUUGAAAUUUUUGGAGACAAUUACACUAUUUAUUGAUUCAGUUUCACAAGAUAUAUUUUUACAAUUAGUUGAAGAUGUUAAUAGUGAAUCUUCAAAAGAACCAAUUUUUUCAAAAAGACUUUCCAACUCUACAGAGGUUGCCAAGUCCAAAUUUGAAGAUAUAAUUGAAGAAUUUGCCGCUGCCAAAAUAUUAAGCGAGGAAGUUAAAGAAGAAGUCGUCAAAAGAUUUGAAAAUGAUUUGAAGGAAACUUCAGACAAAUUACGUGUCACUGCAUUACAGAAGUUGAUCACACGUUCAAGUAAAAUUAUAAAUGCAAGAAUUAAAGAUGUUGUUCCACAAUUACUAUCAAACCCAGAUGUAGACGUUUGGGAUAGAAUAAUGGACAAAUUCCAUUCGAUUUUUUCGUCAACUUUAAUUAAAUAUAAACUCGAUGAUGACACAUAUGAUUUUCAAUUUGGUGGAGAAGAUGAGGAAAAUAAUUCCACUUACAAAUCUAUUCGUGUAGCAGCUUGGAAAUCACUAAAUGACACUAUCCAUGAUUACCUAAAAGAGGACACAAUCUGUAAUAUACUAAGAGAUAGAUUUGAACUAAAGUUUAGAUAUGAUGAUGAAGAUUCUCCAAUACUAUGGAAAAAUGAAGAAGAAGUCGAUCUUGCAUUUAGAGUCGCAAAGGAGUAUGCAUUUAAAAUUUUUGAUGUUUUGGCAUUAAUUAAGACUUCUGAUAAUGUUGAGGUUGUUCCUGAUAUAAAUUUCCAUGAUAGUGAUGAAAUGUAUGAAGAUGACUUGGGUAUUUAUCACUCAGCUAAAUUUUCCCAUAUUUUGAAUGAGGUACAAAAAGAGAAGAUUCAAAUUCAAGUACGUAGACAAAUUAAUGUGACUGUAUUGGAUGCCAAGAGAUCGAUGAUCAAAACAACUACUCAUAUUCCACUAUGGAUAUACGCAAUUAUUGUCGUUUUAGGUUGGAAUGAAUUCAUGAUGGUCAUCCGCAAUCCAUUAUUUGUCACUUUGACCAUUCUUAUUUUAGUGUCUUUCUACUUUAUCAAUAAAUUUGAUUUAUGGGGACCAGUGAAAAGUGUAGCGCAAACUGCAGCGGGUGAAACCAUAGGCACAAUCAAAACAAAAUUAAGAGACUUUGUUUUAGAGGAGCAUGAAAAAACCCCUAAGAUACAAUCUGAAAAGUCCAAUAGUGACUCUGAGAAAGUAGUUGAAAAUGAAAAAUCAUAG